AGAAAUUCCCGCUACUCCGUAGCGGGUCCUGUAAAUUUAGGCCCCACUCUGUGCACAGGGUCCUCUGUAACCUAGGGUCCUUCUUUCCCAUUCUGACGAUAUGACGAUAUGAUGAUACAAUUCCGGCUGAUUCCGCUACAAUGCAACUCACGCCACAACACCAUCCACCUCACAAUGCAUCAGCACGUCCGAGUUCUCACUAUGGCUUCUUCUGAUUUCAACCAUCCAUCUCAUGCUACCUUUGCAACUCAACCACAUCCGACAACUUCCUCUAACUUGAAUUUGUGGUCAUACUCAUUUUUGAAUGAUGUGUUGGACCUUGAUCCACCCACCAUCAGUCAUUAUGCAUACCUUCAUGGUUUAUAUUCCACGUCAUUAACGACCCAUGACAUGCGAUUACAUCUAAUGCAUCAUAUUCUGCAUGCUCACUGCUACGGCUCUCUGUUUGAUGGUUGUGUUGAAGAAUGUAACCAGCUUCCGCCAAUUGAUGAUCACCUCCAACGACUGCAUGACUUCCUUCUCUCUCAAUCUUUUGCCCAUCCACACCAAACUUUAGUUGGUGCUGCUCUAGGUGUUCAAUGUGCAAAUGAAUCCGUCAGUGGGGAUCCACACUUCCUCCAUGGCAUCAUUCGACGCUGUCAACAAAUCCCCGCUGCAUUUCCUGAUGCAUUGACAAUUCUUCGUAAUCUGGAUCGAAUAAAUCAUCAAGACUUAGUCGCUCUAUGUUGAUUCCACCAUCUCCAUCGUCACAUCCCAAAAAUUCUCAAUCGUGUCCAAUUACGCUCCAUUGUGUUUGACCACAUAGUCACCGACUCCCCCUGUGAUUUUGGUCGUAUCUCACACUUUGAACAACCUUCUCGUUCUCGAUGUUGUCCACUGAC